CAUAAAAACAAAAUUGUCCAUGAGCCCAAGAAAAAGUUAAGCCGACCCUGGGAGCAUGGUGUAAAGCUGUUUUUUUUUACUGUUUAAUUUUCUGUGGAAACAAAAUUAUUACUAUAUGAUCAAUCUAAAUUUAAAUAUUGAUUCGGGCAAUUUACAUGGUAAUCUAGUACAUUUGACUAUUUAGUUCAAAACAAUUGUUUUUUUUAGGUAAAAAAAUGUGGUAAUUAAAGACAAUAUGGUAAUUAAUUUAUUCCGUAGUAUUAAAUGUGAUUUUCAUGGACCGAUUAGAUCAACCGUAAUAAACAUAUCAAAGAAGAUAACUACUAUUGUAUUAUUAUCAACUUGGGAAAAGCUUAAUUAGCAAACCUAUAAGUUUAACUACAGAAAAUUCGCCAUCCCAUAUGGACAAAAAGAAGCUUUAUUGGCUUGGGUGCCAAAGAGCCACAUGCAUAUCCCAGCUAAUCCUAUUCCCUGUUUCUUCUCCAUAUACUUUAUUGGUAAUUUAUUGUUUUACAUAAUCCUUUCGGUGCUCGUAAAAUUUUUCGGGAGUUCUACUAGAUUCUAAUUACAGUAAUAUCGAAAAAAAAUUGAGAAUUUGUACUCUCUACAUUCCAAAUAUUCCCUAUUUGCAUUCUAUACCCUAUAUCCCUUCAAUUUUCUUCCCUCCAUCAUUACUAUUUUCUCCCAUUUGUAUGGUAUCCCACCCUUUUAAGUAUAUUGAGCUAAUUUUCCCAAAAAAAUUUCCACAAGCUAUAACUUUAAAAUUUAAAACAAAAAAUAGCUUAUUUGUGUAGUAUAGGAUCCCAUGAAUUGUAAUAUUAAGUUACACGAAAUUUUCAACCUAACUGCCUGACCCAUUUUUUAUAUAUUAUUAUUAAUUUUGUUAUUCAAAAAACAAAAUUUUAUUUGUUUUUACAGACUUUUAUUUCUAAUACACAUUUUUGAAAUAUUGGUUCUUUGAGCAUUACUUUAAAAAUCUUCAAGAACAAAGAACGAUAAAUCAAUUUUGGACUAGAAUGAUGUAAAUCGCAUUGGAAUAUAUGAAUUGGGUUCUCACACAAUAUUUAAGUUAUAUAACUUCCAAUUUAAAAUCAAGUAUUAAUUGAUCCAUGUUUUUAUAUAUUAUUUAAGAAAAUUUCCAACUUCUUUAAGACUUUGUCUCAAAUAUGUAAAUUGCAAAAUACCUUUUAUGUAUUUUCACCAAAAUCAAUCAAGAGUAGUGUAGUACUUGGAGAUAUAAUGUAUUUGGAGAUACAUUAUGCUAAACUUUUAAUAUAUUUUUUAUUAAUAUGAGAGUAUCAAAAAUCUACGGAAGAAUCCAGACUAAUUCUCCAAUGAGAGAUGUAAUCUACUAAUGAACCCUUUGUCAAAUGAAUAUUCAAAUGAAUUCCAAAUCAUGGUCACAUGUAAAGUUGUUCGAACUCGGAUCGCUUAGCUCACCGAAAUUUUAAAUAUAUUUUUUAUUGCAGAGGUUAUGUAUACUAAUAUGAAUUCUAAUAUUGGUAAAUAUGUGUAUGAUUUUGUAUAUUAUAGAGAUUAUAUAUACUCAGAUGAUUAAAUAUGAAUUAUACUAACACAACCCAUAAACUACAUUAUCAACAAAGUUGCAUGUCAUGGUCACCGACAAGAAAUAUCUUUUUGUUUCAUUUUCUAACUUUUUGUUAUUUAAGUUUCUCUCCUUUUCUCUCUUUUUUUUCAAACGCACUCAUAACUUUACUUACCACUCCUUUAUAUAUCUACCCAUUUGGUCACAAAAGAUAAUUACUCAUUAGACUUUUCUACUACACAUUCCCAUUUCCCACAUCAGACAACAUUCUCUCCCUCAGAGGGAAAGCAUCUCCUCUUCUUGAUUCACAUUUUGAAGUUUAACCUUCUCAAACUAUCUCCAACAAAACCAAAUCCAAGUUAUUAAAAAUGACAAAGAUAGGAGGUAUUCUUGUUUGUUUAGUCAUCGUGGGAUUAGAUGUGGCUGCUGCAAUCCUCGGAAUCCAAGCAGAAGUCGCUCAGAAUCAGGUGAAGCACAUGAGGCUUUGGCUAUUUGAGUGCAGAGAGCCAAGCCAGGACGCGUACAGGUUAGGUCUAGGUGCAGCCGCGGUAUUGGUAAUGGCUCAUGUACUCAUCAAUUUGGUCGGAGGCUGUCUCUGUAUUUGCUCUCAAGACGAGUUUCAAAGAUCUUCUUCCACAAAGCAAAUCUCAAUGGCUUGUCUCGUUCUCACUUGGAUCGUAUUCGCCGUUGGAUUUGGGGCUUUAGUGAUUGGGACGAUGUCCAACAACAAGUCAAGAUCCUCUUGUGGAUUCACACAUCACCAUUUUCUCUCCAUUGGAGGGAUCUUGUGUUUUCUACAUGCCCUCUUUUGUGUCGCUUAUUACGUUUCUGCCACAGCGGCUAAAGACGAAGCUGCCAAGUGACAAAGCCAUGAUAAGUGACGGGUGAACACAGGUGGGUCCUUGUACUUGACUAUAUAUUCCAAUGGUAACUGUGUAACAAUUUCAUAUCUAUUAACAAUAACAUAGUAUAAUCUUUUUUCCUCCCAUUUUUAAUUUGUUUUCAUUUAUUUCGAAGUCUCUUUUGUAAUUUGGAAAGUCGUGUCAUUUUGAAAAAAUAUGAAAGCUUUGCCCUUUAUGUCA